UGUAGCUACUACCCAGUACAAAAUCUAGUGGCAAUCACACUGCCGUUUUUUCCCUUUCGUAUAUGGAUACCACUCAGAAAUUCUUGCCCUACAGAAAAAAAUUCUCUUCUAUCUUCAUCAUUCAAUCUUCUGCGUUGAGCAUCAACAACAAGAAUUUGAUAAAGACUAUUUGAAUCUUCUGGGUGUGCAAGUGUAACUCAUGUUGCACAUUCAAUCAACUAAUUUCUUAAGGCGUCAAGCCUUUUGUAUAUCAAACUUUGGCUGGACUCGAUGGUGGUCAAAUGGUGCUAUGACUCGUGGAGUUUCGUAUUUACCUCCAUGCUUGAACAGACAUGAUCCUCUUGCUCAAACUGAUGUCUCAGGUCUCAGGUCUGGGCUGUUGUCAUCUGAAGUUAUAGGACACACACCAAACAAUGAAGUUAAUGAGGAGUACUCCCGGUCCUUGUCUAUUUCACGCUCUUAUGAGAAUGCCAUGGAGGCACUUUCUUCCCUAAUUACAUCUCGGAAACGUGGGGAAAAGUCUGCUAUUAGGGGCAAAUACACUAAGCUGGAACGCAUGAUGAUGUAUCUGAAGAUACUAAGCUUGGAGGAAAAAGUAGCUGGACUUAAUGUUAUCCAUGUUGCUGGAACCAAGGGAAAGGGAUCGACAUGUGCUUUCUCUGAAGCAAUAUUACGUGAGUGUGGUUUUCGUACUGGACUUUUCACAUCCCCUCAUUUGAUUGAUGUGAGAGAGAGAUUCCGACUUGAUGGGAUUGAUAUUUCUCAAGAGAAGUUUCUCCUUUACUUUUGGGACUGUUGGGAUCAGUUAAGGGAUAAAGUGACCAAUGAUUUACCUAUGCCUCCACUAUUUCAGUUUCUUACACUUCUGGCGUUCAAGAUAUUCAUAGAUGAAAAGGUUGACGUUGGAAUUGUUGAAGUUGGUCUUGGAGGGGAAAAGGAUUCCACGAAUGUGAUCAAAGAACCUGUUGUUUGUGGAAUCACUUCAUUGGGGAUGGAUCAUAUGGAAUCUUUAGGAGAUACUCUGGGAAAGAUUGCUUUACACAAAGCUGGUAUUUUUAAGCCCAAUGUACCUGCAUUUACAGUGCCCCAGCUUCCUGAAGCAAUGGAUGUCAUCAAUGAAAAGGCUCAACAAUUGAAGAUUCCACUAGAAGUUGUGCAACCUCUUAGCUCUGAAGAAUUGAAUGGAAUACAACUCAGUUUGGCUGGUGAUCAUCAAUUUGUUAAUGCAAGCCUUGCUGUUUCACUAUGCAAAUGUUGGCUUCGACGUACAAGAAACAUGGAAAAGCUGUUUGUUAAUGAUGGUCAUCAAGGUGAUCUGCCAAAUGCUUUCUUGAGAGGUCUUUCAUCUGCACGUCUUCCUGGGAGGGCUCAGAUUGUGUAUGAUGACAUAUCUAAGUCCUCUAAUACAAAUACAGGAGAAUUGGUAUACUACUUAGAUGGUGCACACAGUCCUGAAAGCAUGGAUGCGUGUGCUAGAUGGUUCUCCAAGACUGUUAGUGGCCAUCAAACAUCAGCAUCUAUGUCCUCUUUAAAAUCAUUACACGAGGAUGGGCUUGGAGAUGUUAAGCAAAAUGGUUUUUCCAUUGGUGAAAAGGGACAUAACAUCACGGAAGCCAAGCAGAUUCUUUUGUUCAACUGCAUGGAGGUGAGAAAUCCACAAAUAUUGCUUCCAAGGCUUGUUGAGAUCUGUGCUUCCUCAGGUGUUCAUUUCUCUGGUGCCUUGUUUGUUCCAAGUGUAUCGAAAUAUAAUAAAGUUGUUUCUGGUUCUUCUGUAACUUCUUUAAACAUGCCCUUGAGGGACUUAUCGUGGCAAUUUCAUCUGCAGAGAAUAUGGGAGAAAGCGGUUACUAGGAAAGAAGAUUUGCAUGUGGAUAGAAGCAGCAUGAUCCAGUCCUUAAAGACAAAUAGCAGUGAUAACUUACCACCACUUGAUUUCCUUCGUGGUAAUUACAACCGUGACUCUCCUAGUGGUUCUUUCUGUAGCAGUGCUGUUAUUCCUUCAUUGCCUCUGGCUAUGAAAUGGUUGAGGGAUUGUGUGAGGGAAAACCCCUCUAUCAAACUUCAGGUUCUUGUGACAGGAUCAUUGCAUCUCGUGGGAGACGUUAUGAAACUGCUAAAGAGAUAAAUUUAUAGUCUUUUCUUUUAGAAGCACCGAGUUUCAGCUAAAGAUGUUAAUUGGGCAUAUUUUCGAGUUUGGAUCGGAGAAUGUUUAGUCUUGUGUUCCCAAAGGCAAAUCCAAACUUGAAGUCGAGAAGUUGGUUCAUGUCUAUUAUGCACACCUUCAGUUUUAGCAUACCAAAAUAUGCCUACAUGGCUACAUGUGCGUUUUUCUAAACGAUAUAGCUUGUAUUUCAGUUAAAUCGAGUUUGCAGAUCUCAGUUCCUUACUUGUCUAUAACAGGAGUCCAUCAUGCCACAGCAUUCAUAUACGAGCUAUGUCGUAUCAGCAUAUGCAGAGCUUUUUGUAAAUCUUUCAGCUUCUUGCAGAAUGCAGAUCUAGGAAAUGUGAGUUAGAGAAUUCAUUUUUGUUGACCAAAUAUUUAGGAUUUACUUUCGUAAAUGGAUUCAGAAUUAAAGCUAGCUGAAUUCUGAACCAUUGGUGUUCACUAUCAUUAGUUAAGCUUCUGUAACUUAAAAAGAGUUCACCUAUUCAUUAUUGCAGUUUUUAAGCCCUUUAAACCCAGAAGAUUAUUAUUCUUUACUUUGGUGUAAAUCACUUACUAAUCACUAUAAGUAUCAAUAAUUAACAAUUGUUUUUUUCAAAGUUUGAUGAAAUUUCAGGCAUUCAUAAUUUGUUAGUUAGCUUUCUUGUUUCUAUGCAUUGUUUCCAUUCACCUUAAUUCUCAUUUCUCUGAUAUUAGUUACUGUUCUGUCCCAUUCAUUUUUCAUUGUUUAGAAGAAAAAGUUCUUACAAUGUUUUUUAAAAUGACGCAAAAUGUAUGAGAUGUAAGAGUAAAAUGAAGGUUCUUUUGUAAAGAAAUGGUAGGGGAUGAAUAAGAAUGGGCGAAUCAUAAUGAAGAACAAAAGACAAUAAUAUAACUUCUUCCACUCAUCAAUAUUAAAUGAGCUUUUGUGUGAUGGUUAACUUGUCAAAAAUAAGAUAACAUUUAAUUUUUGAGGUGCCUUAUUUGAAUAUUCGGCUAGCAAUCACUAUUUUCUCAAAAUAAUGAGCUUUAGCUUUAUAUAAUAGUGCCUUAUUCAAGU